AGCCCUGGGAUACUCCACUGGAAAGUCGUACACCCCUGAUCUGAGUGUGGACAAAGCCUUCAGGCGAGCCAUCCGUAAGCUGGUCCAUGUGCGCAGAUACAAUGACCACACCAUCACACACCCCAUCUACGUCAAGUUCAAGAAGACUCGCCUGUAUCUGCGCCCGUCCCGUGUCGGACACGGCACUGUGGCACACGAGAUCGUCCAAGAUCUGUGUGAGCUUGCGGGUGUGCACGACAUUAGUUCUAACAUCGUGGGAAGCACCAUCCCCCUCAACAUUGUCAAGGCCUUCUUCAUCGCUAUCUCUAAGCACAGAACUGUCGAGGACAUCGCAAAGGGACGCGGACGGAAUAUUGUGGAGUUCAAGCGCAGUGUGGAAGUGCGGGGCUAG